AUGACUGUUUCAAGCACACCGAAGAGGCCCUGCUUGGAGCCAGCCAUUCCAAACCAUCUCAAAGUCAACCGCACUCAACCGCUCCAUCAUCCUCGUUGCUUCAGAGGCCCUCAACAAGCCUCCCACUCCGCACGCUUCCCCAAAGAAACAACAGCCAUCGUCACGAUCGACCUCGGCAUUCAACAUCUCCCCUCAACCGACCCCUCCGACGCAAUCGACACCAUUCGCCGAGCCAUCCGCACAAACUUGGGACCUCACCACUACGUCCGAUCGAGCUUCACAGACUCUUCAGGCUAUCGUAACAUAGUCUUCACUCUCUAUUGGAAAGAUGUCGCGUCCUAUCGAGAAUGGGAAGCUGCACUGCCUCCAGAUUGGUGGUACAGAGGGCUAUGUCCUGCUUCCGACAUCGGAGUAUUUAGAGAGCUGUAUACAGUCCCGAUUACUGAUACGGAGACUACAUUUGCUCUACCGGAUCCAGAGGGCUACUCAGUCAUCGCAGAGUCAAUGAGUGGUGAGACUGAUACCCAUGAGUAUUGGGGAUCGGCGAGGGAUCGUAUUCCGAGAUCACAGACGGAUACUCUUGAGCCAGAUGGCUGGCCAUCACUCACAGAGGAAUCACAAGCGUCUGACACCCGAGGGAGACUUGUUACUGUUGAACCACAUGAGAAUCUCUGUCUUAUUCGCUCUGGUCAAGUCUGGGAGAAUAGUACACCCGCAGAGAUCAAGUCAUACAACACAGAGAUCAAACCGACUCUCGACAGCGGCAUGGAGGAGCUUACCAAGAACAGCCAGCACUUUGGUUGCUUCUCCAACAGAUACAUGCGCAUAGAGGAUGAUGAUGGCAACCCAGUUGGCAAGACAUGGAGCAUCAGUAUGUGGGAGUCACUCGCACGACUUGAGAAAUGGUCUCUCACGCCCAAGCACAAGGAGAUCUUUGGCACACAGAUUAACCACUUCAAUCGGAUGGAGAGGGAGGGCGAGGAAGCCAACCUGAAUCUUUGGCAUGAGCUUAUGGUAUUGCGGAAGACUGAUCAAUCUUUCAUUCAAGUUUAA